AUGGAUGGAGUGUGGGGGCAGCCGAGCGCGGUAGACGAGGAGGCAUGGUCCGCUGCCCCGCCCAGCUUCAACCCGCCUGUGCGGCGCGUGGACCCCCUUACCCUUACAGCUGUGGAAGUCGAGAUUGAUGGAAUCAAGAAGCUGGUAGGCCAGCGUGUUCAGGUUUCUGGGCUCUCCGACGAAACGACGUGGCACACACUGAAGGAUCACUUACGCCAGGCGGGUGAGGUGACGUUCUGCAAGGUAUUUUCAGGCGGGAGAGCGGUGGUCGAGUUUGUCACCCCAGAGGAUGCUUCCCGCGCCAUUACAGAGCUGCAGGCCUCGGAGUUAGAGGGGGCAACUAUCUUUCUUCGGGAAGACAGGGAGGAUACCGUUCUUGUAAAUACGCGAAAAAAAAUACGUGAGGCUCGAGAUGCGCAGCUUCGUGCGCGGAAGGAGGAGGCGGAGCAGCGGCGGCGCGAACAGGCUGUCGCGGAGGGCGAUCUUCCCUCAUCCACGCCUGCCCCCGCGCCGGGGGCGGCGACCGCCAAUCCGCCGGCCUAA